UUCAGUACAAGGAAAGAAUGGAUCAGUCUCAUGUAGUACUAGUACUCCAGUUCAUAUGUCCUCCUCGUCUGUUCCUAGGCAUCCGUGGUGCUAGUUUGGGCUAACAAUAACCGUCUCGUCUACACGACCACUACUGCAGCAAUCCAUCCAGAACACCGAAAAUGGAUGGAGCAAGGCGCUCCACAGAUGCCUCCGACGAGCAAGAGCCGAAGCGUCCGUGCCUUGCAGUUGCAGGCGGCCGCAAUGGUGGUGCAGGUGGGGCCGGCGGCAGUGAUGCGGGUGACGACGACAGCCACGGCGAUGCGGGUGGGGACGGCGGUGAUGCGGGUGGGGGCGGCGGCGUUGGCCAUGCCGCCGACGACCCGCCGCCGACGCUGAGCACCUUGGGGGACGACGUCCUCCGCGCCAUCCUGUCGCGCCUCGAGUCGUCCCGGCAGACGGUGCGGAUGUGCGUGCUGUCCAGGAGUUGGAGGCACCUCUGGCGCUCCGUGCCGUCCAUCCACAUCGACCGGCGGGAGUUCGGUAGCGACCACGAGCUGCAGAGCUUCACCGACUUCCUCCUGGACCACCAUAACAACCUUGUGCUCCUGGAUGCGUUCCGGCUGCUGCUAAGCUCUCAAGAUCUCCGCCUACCGGCCAGCGAUUGGGUCCGUCGCGUCAUCAACCAAGAUGAUACACCGCCUCACCAGCUCAAAAGGUUGCACCUUUGCAACGUGCACCUGGACAUGGAUUUUGCGAGCCACAUCAGUGACGACAGGUGCCCCUCGCUGGAGGACGUGCGACUGGAAAACUGCAGUUACUUGACGGCCCGGUAUGAGAUCACCUCCUUCUCACUCAAGAAAUUGGUUGUGGAUGGUUUAUACAUGGUGCAAGAUGACGAAAGUGAUGAUGAUGAGGAUGAGAUUUUCAAGUUGAUUAUAAGGGCUCCUGCUCUUGUUUCUCUCCGCUUGGCCGGAGAGCUUGAUCACAUUGUUGAUAUCAAUGAACCACAUACCAUGCCGUCUCUUGUCGAUGCGUCGGUUCAUCUGCCCGUGAUGACUGACGAGGAGCUCAACAACGUUGAAGAAAACGAUGCCACUGCGCACCAAUCGGUUCUUGGCGUGCUGCUUAAUGUGACAACUUUGACCCUGUCGCAUUGCAGGUUGCUGUUCCAACCUGAGGAUUCUGUGGAACUUCAGCUUCUUGUAUUCCAGAACCUAAGAACCUUGUUCCUGGACGAGUGUUACAUUGUUGGCGAGGACUUCGUGGGGCUGAAGCCUUACCUGCAGAAGUCACCUAACCUGGAGAAGCUCAUUUUGCGCUGUAGCAAGGUGCAACCAGGGUACUCUUUGAACUGGUAUUUCGGAGACGACCUGGUGGAUUUCAUGUGCGAGAACCUUAUGCUUACUCAAAUUAUAUACCAGCAUGAUGAUGAUGCUGCCCCCCUAUUGGUCGCUUUUUUGCUGAGCAUUUCAAGGAGCCUGCCGAACAACAAGAUUGAACUCAUUAGAGUCGAAUAGCAACGCCAUGUUUUUGUAUCAUGUUUGCCUUUUACUAGUAGCUAGCACAGGAGUUAUUGUGUGUGAAACAUCUUUGGUUUUUGACCCAUAUUGGCAUGUACGUAUUGUUGUGGUAUUUUGAUUUUCAACACAAAUUGGCAUGUAUUGUUAUGGUA